AUGUCACUACCUUCAAAAUCAUUAUACCAUAAAUUUCAGAAAUAUCUAUCGUUCAUAGGUCCCGGCUUAGUUGUAUCGGUUGCAUACCUAGAUCCUGGAAAUUACUCAACUUCUGUCUCAGCGGGCUCAUCAUACAGAUACAAAUUAUGUUUUGUCAUAUUUAUGUCAAAUUUAUUUGCUGCAGUGCUACAAACUUUAUGUAUCAAACUAGGUACUGUUACGGGACUUGAUCUAGCCGAAAUGUGUCGACUUAAUUUGGCUCCAAAUUUGAACAUGUUUAUGUAUAUCUGUGCAGAAAUAGCGAUAAUAGCAACUGAUUUAGCUGAAGUUGUGGGGACUGCAAUAUCAUUAGAAAUUUUGUUUGGUAUCCCAUUGUUAUAUGGUGUGGUAAUAACAGUGUUGGAUGUUUUGAUAAUUUUGAUGGCCUAUCAUAAAGACGGGUCUUUGAAACAAACAAAGGUGUUUGAAAUUAUUGUUUCAAUCUUAGUAAUGGCUACAUGUGCUUGCUUCAUACUUGAAUUAUUUAAAUGUAAUUUUGAACCAGGUGCAGCAUGGGGGAUUUUCAAAGGAUUUUUACCUGUAAACAAGGAAGUUUUUAAAGACAAAAAUGCUUUAUUUAUUAGUUGUGGGAUUGUGGGAAGUACAGUUAUGCCACACUCAUUGUUUUUAGGAUCGGCUUUAGUACAACCUAGAUUAAAAGAUUAUGAUGUAAGAAAUGGAAAGUACGACGAAGCUCCGGUUAAAUCAAACACAAAUCAAAGUUUAGAGCCCAUAGAGUCGUCCUUGGAAAACUCAUCAUCUAAUUCUAACCCAGUGCCCUUAUCAAGAUUAAGAAGAAUAUCAAACGGGUCCAUGUUAUUGAAGAAAUAUAAACCUUCGUAUUCUGCCAUUAAAUAUUGUUUGAACUACUCAUACAUUGAAUUAAAUUUGUCAUUAUUUUUUGUAGCAGUAUUUGUCAAUUCUGCAAUUUUAAUUGUAGCUGGUGCAACAUUAUAUGGUAAGCCAGAUGCAGCCGACGCUGAUUUGUUAUCUAUUUAUGAGAUGUUGUCAUAUUAUAUCUCACCUGCAGCGGGUCUUUUAUUUGCCUUGAGUAUGUUAUUUUCUGGUCAAAGUGCUGGUAUUGUUUGUACCAUGGCAGGUCAAAUCAUUGCAGAAGGUUUUAUCAAUUGGACAAUUGAGCCAUGGAAAAGAAGGAUCAUUACAAGAAUUAUUGCCAUUGUACCUGUUAUUAUAGUGAUUGGUAUAUUAGGGAGAGAAGGAGUUUCAAAAGUCAUGAAUAGUUCUCAAGUAGUGUUGAGUUUUAUUUUACCAAUAGUUAGUGCUCCAUUGAUAUAUUUCACUUGCAAAAAAGAAUACAUGACAGUUUAUGAUAAUGAAAAAGACACGGCUGAAGAAACCAGUCCAUUACUAGAGCAAAAUAGAGAUGUGAGCAAAUUGAAUGGAAAACCAAUCAAUUUCGCCAAUGGUGGAUUUUUAAGAAUUUCAAGUAUAUUAACUUGGCUAAUUAUUACAGCGUUAAACAUUUAUUUAAUUAUUGCAUUCGCGAAUGGAGCUGACAUAUAG